GUGGGAGGGGACAGAAAAAGGUGUUUUAACAAUCAUUGUAGUGAUACAGUUCUGUCAUUUCAGCUUUACUGCAGCAUAUUCACAGUGCCUGUUUUGGUUUGCUCUGUAUUUGGAUAGUUUUUCUUUGAACACGGUAAAAUUAUAACAACAUCAUCAUUGCUUCCACUCAUUUGCAUCUUGCUCCAGUGCUCACAGAUUAAGCUGAUUCAGCUCUGUUUUUCCUGUUCUAUUCUUUGCACACUCAGUGCCUGAUUUUACCCCCCCCAAAGGCUUCCUUAGAACUCAAUGGGAAUUCUUUGUUAUUACAAAAAGAGAGGUUUAACUCCAAGCUUUUGCAUGCUCUAGUUAUCUUGAAGUCUGUAAAUCUCUUCUAAUUAGCAAGCUAAGCAAAUGCUUGUGUUUGUUCCUAUUCUAGUGAAUGCAGUCGGCUGCAGGCUAUUUUAGCAUUCCUGAUGCUUACUGAUAUGUGUGCCUGUGUUUGCGUCUGUGCCUGUAUAUCUGUGUGUCUGUCAGUAACUAAAAUGAACACACAUAGCACCAGUAAGUUCACGGGAAGUAGCAAUAGUCAAAAUUUAAGUUUAAAUCACAAUUUAUACUUGCUUUUAGUCUUAGCACUUAAGCUUGCUAAAUAUAAUUAAUCUUGUAGAAACAAAAAGCGAAACUAACUCUGCUGUAGUGAUGUAUGUUUCCAGAUCUCAGUCAGGAUUUGGACCCAUUUUUGGAUCAGUGGAGAACUUCAGUCUGCUAUGGUGAUGAGAUUGUUAAACGAAACAAACUUCAGGUAUAAUAACAUUGUAUUAGGCUUUGUAAGAAAUUUAAUAUGAUGACAGCAAAGAGGUUUAAUACCUCUUGAACUUGUGGACUUAGUCUUGUUGACUUACAAGCUGCUUACAUGUUUAAUAAGUGCUGAAGUUGAUUCAUGCAUUAAAGAAGUAGCAGUCAGGCUAAGGGCUUCGUGUUGGAGGUAAGCGGAGAAGAACAACACAGUCAGCAGCCUCUGUCUCUCUUUUUCUUUUUUCCCCUCCCCUCUUUCCUUUGGGACUGCAUUUAAGGAUAAAUGGACCUUAAAGAAUAAUGCUUUGAACAGCAGCCUUCCAGCCAGGGCCUGCAGCAAGAAUGCAUGCUUCUGAGAGGGCCAGCGUUGUUAGUCAUUGAGUUACAAGGAAAAAUGUUAUUGUGUUCAAAGCCAGUAAAAUAUGGGUCUAAUUAAAGGCAGAAACGUAAUGUCCAUGAAUAGCUGUGACUAUUACAGGGCAAUAUUUGCCUCGCUGCAGGUGACUGCUAUGAAUUCUUCUACAUGCUCCCAGCUCUGCGUGUUUUAACAGAUGCUUACAGAGCAGUUUGUGUAUUUUCCAGAUCAGUUGGUCUUACCUACUAAAAGAUGAUGGAGCGUCAGAAAUCUCUUAAAAAAUCUAGAUUUUCCUAAAGAAAUUUGUUGCAAAGAUGUGGCUUUCAUUGUUAGAGGAUGUUUUUAAGGACUUUUAAUUUAUUUUUUUUUUUAAUGCACACAUGUAUGUGUGUGGAAACACAUACACAGUUUUCUUCAGAUUUUGGAUUUUAAAUGUGUUUCAUAGAAUCCAGAAGGUUGUCUCUUCUCUGUCAAUAUUUGUGACUGGUUAAUGAUCAACCCCUUGACCUCCUGGCUGUUCCUGGUGUACAUCCAAAUCUCUGUCCUGUCUUUCCCUAAAAAAAAUAAAGAAAAAAAGGACUCAGCAGGAAGUCAGAGCAUUCUGAAUGCACACUAAAAUGGAGAGCCGUUCCUCAAUUGUGAUGUUUCUCCUGCUGAUGUGCUCCCUCAACAGCAGCUGUCCAUUUGCACAUUCAGUGUUCAUGAGGAAGGACGAAGCACACGAGGUGCUCAAAGUCCAUAAACGCGCCAACUAUUUUCUAGAAGAGAUUCGUCCAGGGAACCUGGAGAGAGAAUGCAACGAGGAGAAGUGUUCCUUUGAGGAGGCCAAGGAGAUCUUCCACUCACAGGAGAAAACGAUGGAGUUUUGGUUCAAUUACAGAGGUUUAAAUCCAUGUAAUACAAAUCCCUGUAACAACGGUGGAGUCUGCAAAAUAAGACACUACAAUUACUUUUGCAUCUGCCCCCCAAAAUUUGGAGGAGACAACUGUGAAAAAGAGAAGUUUGAGUGCUGGUACAAGAACGGCGGGUGCUGGCAGUACUGCAGGGACAGCAGCGCCUUUCACGUGGUGUGUUCCUGUGCCAAAGAUUACACCCUGCACGAGGAUGGGAAGAGAUGCGUGCAAGCAGCACCGUUUCCUUGUGGCCUGAUUAAAGCCAGGCAGGCUCUGGAGGAAGAGCGGCUGGGGCUGGAAAGACUCCCGAGGGGACUGCGUGAGCAUGGGGACGAUGAGGCCAAGAGGAAUGAGAGCACAGAGGGCACAGUUAGGCAAAUGGAGCUGAACCAAAGCGCUGCUGGGGAAAAUGAGACCUUAAAGGAUGGCUUUGGGCAGAGCACGCACACAGAGGGUGACACGGGACAAGCGGAGGUGACAGGGAACAAAACCCUGGUGGAUUCUGUGACACAGAUGCCACUGGGGGCGGGUGUCCCUGUGCAUGGUGGGGCAGUGGGGGGCACCCCCAGGCCUGGAGAGCCUGGGAGAGGCCCGGCUCCAUGGCAUGAGCCCACCCAGGGCCCUGUGUGGCAGGAGGAGACCACAGAGCCUGCUGCCAGGCAGGAAGAAGUGCUGGAAAAUGCCAUCCCAACAGCGCGGGCCGGGCUUCAUUGGAGCAGUGACCGGGGACGUGUUUCAGACAUGCCUCAGUUUGUCCAGAUAAAUGUCAGCUCUACUUUACAGCACAAUGGCUCCAGGAUAACGGGAGGAACUUUGUGUCAUCGUGGACACUGCCCCUGGCAGGUUUUAAUCCGGAAUAGCAAAGACAUUGGUUUCUGUGGAGGGAGUUUAAUCGGCAGCCGCUGGGUGGUCACUGCUGCUCACUGCCUCGAUCUCGUCAGGCCACACCAUGUCACCGUAGGAGACUUUGACAAGUAUCAAAGAGAAUUUAAAGAACAGAAGAUUUCUGUGGAACGGAGCUGGACACAUCCACAUUAUGAUUCAAAUGACUACAACAGCGACAUUGCCUUGUUGUACCUGAGCAGUGCCGUUGUUUUUAACGAGUAUGCAAUUCCCAUCUGCCUCCCGAGCCCCAGCCUGGCCACCCUGCUAUCCGAAGAAGGAAGAAUAGGGAUGGUAAGUGGCUGGGGUGCCACUCACGACAGGGGUUCGACUCUGCGCUUCCUCAUGAAAGUCCGUCUGCCCAUUGUGAACAUGGAGACCUGCCAGCGCUCAAUGGACAGGCUGGUCACUGAUAACAUGUUCUGUGCAGGGCACCACACCGAAGUGGCAGACGCCUGCAAAGGGGACAGCGGUGGCCCUUUCACCGUGUCUCACCACAACACCUGGUUUCUCUUGGGGAUUGUGAGCUGGGGAGAGGGCUGUGCUGAAAAAGGGAAAUACGGUGUGUACACCAGGGUGUCCAACUACAUCCCCUGGAUUAAAGAGAUUGUCGAGAGCGUAGCAGAUUCUGAAAACUUCUCCAUUAACUUUUCUUAGUGCCUUUGAAAUCAGGAACAAUUCUCUUAGUACAGUGUUUCAGUCUAAGACACUGUGCAGUUCCUGGCCUUAAUGGUGUAAAACCAAGAUUAUCUUCAAAGAAAUUUUGAGUCUGUUUGUUUACCAUAAAUGGUUAAAUUGUUCAUUUGACUAGUACCAAAAUACUUGUGUAUAAUAAAGAACUAUUCUGCAAACAACAAAGGAGGUGACUACACCCUUUCUUAAUGUAAGUUCCAACCAGAAAUGUUUUUUGUUUUAGAGAGAAAAAGUGCCUUCCAUUUCCCAGCCUACGUACAUCUCAAAGAAACAGGCAAACAGUCCUCUAUGUGAAUUACCUGUGCAUUUCUGGUAGUGCUGGCUGGCCUCCAGUUCUGAAGCACUGUGCUGAACACAGCACUCAGGGAUCUGUGACGUUUUGUCACCAACUACACCAGUUACCUCGGGUACAAUUCAGUGUACAAAUGUUUUCUGAUACAAACCCAAACUCUGUAUGGAAUCCUGUAUUACAAACGGCACUGGAAAAACCGCCCAGGAGGGAAUCCCCCUGCUGCAGGACUAUAUGGAAUGAAAUACUUGUGAACACACUUUAUGGGGAAAAGACAACACACCACCAAAGCAAUAAACAGCUUUUCCAUCAUCCUAAACUAAAAUGCAGGUUGAUGGUGUGCACCCAGCCAGCCCUCCAAGAGGCUAAUUCCCCCACACAUCAAAAGCAGCGCUUAAUGCCAAAAAUGUAAGUGAAAUAAAAUACUGGUGAGCCAGACUAAUAUCCUUCAGCUAAUCACCCCUUUGACUACCUACACUGUUGCUGCUUUCUGCUGCAACUAACAGGUGCUCUUUGUGACCCAUGUCAAAAGAACUUUUGAUUUUGUGACCUUUCUUAUAAUUCUCUAAAGUUUUAAUGUAAAACAACCCAGCACUCGCAGUGAUGAGUGGUUUUCCUCCUCAGCUUUGAUCAAAGCCUUGUCAAAGGCCAUUACCACCACCAUUGCACAAGAAGCCUUUUUUGUUUGCCUCCAGAGAACAGGUGAUGCUAAGCUAUUAAUUUUGUGGCAACAAACUGUAAUUAAAGAGCUCACAUGACCACCAGGGCCAAUACUUCAAGGAAACAGCUCUUUGGAUUUAAGAGUAGCCCACAACCCCAGAACUACCAAAAAUAAAGUCUGGGGGGAGGGUGCAGCAACAUGACACCAAAACCAAACCCUUGAAACUCUUGGCAUGCUAAAAAACACACACCUGAGGUCAGUUCCUGUGUCAUAAGCAUACCUGGAAAGAGCAGGUGCAGUUGUCUUCCAGCUCUGCUCGUCUUCUCUUGAGCCUUCCAUCAUGCUUUCAUGAACAAUGAAACCCUCUGAGUGGAAGAUGGUCAUUAUUUCUUAUCAAAAACACCACACAGGGAUCUCCAAAGACAGACCAACUGAUUAAUAAAGCUCUGAAUGAAGAGGGGACAGACAGUGGUAAACAGCAAACUAACAGUUACCAGCUUUUCCACAGCGCAGGUGGUCUGCAAAUACAUUCUCUUGAGCAAUCAACAAAGAGGCCCCCCCCCCCAAAAAAAACAGAAGAUGUUUUAUUGUUGCAAUACAACAAAUACAUGAUCUGUACAAAGGACACAACAGAGCAAGUUUAAAUAAAAUCAGGAGAAAGAAGUCUCAUAUUCACAGUCCUCAGACAUCAUCUUAUACCAGAACCUGAACCAACAAUUUAAAGAUUCACUAAAAAAAAAAAAAAAAAAAAA